CUUUUUUCCCCGCAGCUGCGGCGCGCGGUGCCUCCUGAUCCCGCCUUCGAAAAGCUGCGGCGGACCAAUCGCAAAGGCGACGCCCCCGAAAGUCGAGAAAUCCCCGGGCCAGGCUACUCGCCUCGUAUCAUCGUUUCCUCUCUAUACCGACUCUGUUCUUUGACGGCUCGCGCGGCUGAUGCACGUCGAUUGUUGCCCUCUUGAUGGACUAGUGCGGUUACGCAGUGACCGAAGACUCGCCGAUGCUGUACAAGCGAUUCAUCGUGUGCGCUACGAGUGAGAACAUGAAUGGUAUCGUCACGAUGGGAUCGUCGGAAGAGCACCACAUCAACCACCAGCACUCGCAGAACGAGACCAGCUCCGAGCAGCCCAGAAGCCCUGCCAGUCCGCUGAGCAUUCGACACGACUCGGCCGAGAGCAGCGUCAUCUCGCCAGGCCUCCCGGAGCGCUACAGCCCGCUGAACACCCAAGGCUCGACGACGACGACGACGACCACCGCGGCCUCGAGCCACGACCCCUACGGCUCCCGCUCGGUCCAGGAGUGUCCGGUGCCCCUCUGCCGAGGCCUCGGCUCGGACUUCCCCUUGGCUCGCUCGCCCUACCUGACCGCCCUGGAGAACGGCGGCCAUCCGCACCCGAUGCUCGCGGCCCAGCAACAGCAGCAGCACCACCACCACCACCACCACCACCAGCAGCAUAACCAGCAGCAAGCGCCGCCGUCGCAUCCGCCGCCGGCUCAUCCCGUCGCUGGACAGCAUCAACCCGGGGGACACGGCCAGCAGCACAGCGGGAAGCCGCCCAGGAGCCUCGGGCUGAUCUGCGUCGUCUGCGGGGACACCAGCAGCGGCAAGCACUACGGCAUCCUCGCCUGCAACGGCUGCAGCGGCUUCUUCAAGAGGAGCGUCAGGAGGAAACUCAUAUACAGAUGCCAAGCUGGAACCGGCCGUUGCGUCGUCGACAAGGCGCAUCGCAAUCAGUGCCAGGCAUGUCGGCUGAAAAAGUGUAUGCAGAUGGGCAUGAACAAAGACGCCGUGCAGAACGAGAGGCAGCCGCGCAACACGGCGACCAUCAGGCCGGAGGCGCUCGUGGAAAUGGACCAGGAGCGAGCGCUGCGCGAGGCUGCCGUCGCCGUCGGAGUUUUCGGGCCGCCCGUUUCUUUGGCGAUGGCGAGGUACGCGGCGCCACUGCCUCUGCCGACCGUCGCUCCGACGACCAACUCCAGCAGCGCGCCUUCGCCUCCGCGACAGGACAACGACGACGGCAACGCGUCGGAAGACAGCAUAGACGUGACGAACGAGGAGCCGCUGACGCCGCAGCCCCAGCAGCGCAGCAACUGUAAUCAACUGCCACCGGUAAUGCCAUCGAUCUACUCGCCGGCGAGCGUAGAAACCGUCUACGAGACCUCGGCGAGGCUGCUCUUUAUGGCUGUGAAGUGGGCCAAGAAUCUGCCCUCGUUUGCCAGUCUGCCGUUCCGCGAUCAGGUGAUACUGCUGGAGGAAGCCUGGUCGGAACUGUUUCUCCUGAACGCGGUCCAGUGGUGUCUGCCGCUGGAGUCGUCGCCCCUGUUCAGUGCGGCCGAGCUUUCGGCUCUGACCCUGUCGCCGGUGCACCCGGUACAUCCGCACUCGGGACUUCACCUGCCGUCGCCCACCAAGUCCAACCAGGUGGGCGUCGACGUGAGGUACCUGCACGACAUGCUGCACCGCUACAAGUCCAUCAUGGUCGACCCGGCCGAGUUCGCCUGCAUGAAGGCUAUCAUUCUGUUUCGUCCAGAAACCCGCGGCCUGAAGGACCUGAACCAGAUCGAGAACCUGCAGGACCAGGCUCAGGUAAUGCUGGGCCAGCACACUCGAUCCCAGCAUCCGAACAAUCCAGCUCGCUUCGGUCGACUGCUUCUUCUCCUGCCGCUGCUGAGGAACGUCCCGGCGACCCGAGUCGAGCUGAUCUACUUCCACCGUACGAUCGGCAACACACCCAUGGAGAAGGUCCUCUGCGACAUGUACAAGAAUUGAAGGCGGCUCUGGAUGACGAGUCUGUAAAUAUUUUAUCCAGCGGAUUCCGUGGAUCCUUGGGACGAUCAGCAGCCGAGUGAUGGGGAGGACGUUGUUGUUGAGCUGUAGGUUUUUGCGUUAUCUAGUUUUAUGUGCUAUUAUUUCACGAUGAUUUUUCAGACGUUUGGACACGUAUACUGAUUCUUUCCUCUGAUCGUCACUCGGUUGUGGUUAAGAGAGGUAAGGAUUUUCGCGAAUCUCGGCAUAGGUUAACACACCGAAUUGUGCAUAAGGAAUCGUUCUUUUCGAAUUUUCACGCGACACACUUUGUAGCCGUGCCUAACUCUAAUGAUACGCAGUGUACGGUAAAAUGUAUUAGGUAGAGUAUACUGAACUCGUGUUGUUACAGCUGAAAUCGAUUGUACGUUUCGAUCGAAGUAACGAUGAGUAAAGGGUCUGUGAGCAAGAAAGGAUAACGAGAGAUCAAUCGACGGGCAACGAAAGUGCGUGUGUGCAACGGUGAGGCCUAAGAUCGAUACAAAUACGGUUGAGCAUAUAGAAGGAUGAUAUGGUUAAAUCGACGUUUUUUAUGUAAAAUCAAAACAUUUUUUCAAUAUACGAAUAUGUGCUACAUCGCAGGCUAAGCACAAUUGAAACGAUCAAAUAUAGAACGAUGAUUAUGAUUGAAGAUAACAUUUAUAAAUUAUUAUUUUUAUAAAUACUCUGAUAGCUGAAUUCUCGUUGUGUUCAUCAAUUCUUGGGGAUUAAACGCAUGAUAAACGAUUGUUCCGUAUAAAGCGACUCUGUACAUGUAUUGUACAUUGAAGACGGCAAAACAAUUUUGCAAUCGAUUAUAUGAAACCAUCGCACAACACAUAGAGUCACUACGCGAACGAGUUUCUGUCGGAAUAUUGCAGGAAUAGCGAUGUACGUGUCAUUAUGAAAUAUAGAGAAAAUUCGUAUAUGGUAGAGUGAUAAUUCUAGUCGUAUAAAUAAAGAAUCUAGUCGUGCGCGGCCGACGCGCUGUAAAAAGAACCAAAGUAUAUAGUAUAAUUUAAACAUAACGCGCGAACGUAACUCUAAUUGCGCGCCUACUGUAUAUUCCAUGUUGUUGUGAUAUAAAUGACUGUCGUAUCCAAAGAAAGAACAAACAAAAAAAUGAAUUAAUAAAUAAUGUAACGAUUGCGCAACACUGAUUGUAAUAAAAGUAUAUGAGUAUAUAAUAACACAAGAGAAA